ACUAUUCCUCCUGUCAGAUUCUACUCUGCCCUGCAUUUCCUCGACAGUGAAAAACCUUCUGCUCAGCGCCUUUCCUCACCGGCUGCGGUGGAUCUGUGUGUGAUCCAGUCGCAAUGUGGCGACUUCGCGUGGCGACAGGCGGCAGUCCCUUCCUGACAAGCCUCAGCGACUUCCCUGGGCGACAGACCUGGGAGUUCGACCCGGAGGCAGGGACGGAGGAGGAGCGGCGGGAGGUGGAGCGGGUGAGGGAGGAGUUCACACGGCGCAGGCAGGAGAGGAAGCACAGCAGCGAUGCGCUCAUGCGGCUGCAGCUCACAGGAGGCAAGCCCCCAGCGGAUCAGCUGCCCCCUGUACGGGUAGCACAGGAGACAGUUGCAAGUGCCACAGCCCCCGAUGAGAAUGCAGUGGAUGUGACUCUAAAGAGGGCCGUGCGCUUCUAUGAGACGAUCCAAGCAGAGGACGGGCACUGGGCGGGGGACUAUGGGGGCCCACUCUUCCUCAUGCCGGGACUGCUCAUCACCCUGUACGUGACGGGCGCUUUGGACCAGGUGCUGUCAGCAGAGCACAAGAGGGAGAUGGUGCGGUACCUCUACAACCACCAGAACCCUGACGGCGGGUGGGGGCUGCAUAUAGAGGGCCACAGCACCAUGUUUGGCUCGACCCUCAACUACGUCUCGCUGCGCAUUCUGGGGGAGGGCCCCGCCAAUCCCGCCAUGACAGCUGGCCGCGAGUGGAUUCUCUCCCAUGGCGGCGCCACCGCCAGCACGUCGUGGGGCAAAUUCUGGCUCUGUGUGCUGGGUGUCCACGACUACAGAGGCAUCAACCCCAUGCCCCCCGAAUUGACUUGAAGUGCCUCAGAACGCUCUCCCGUUUGACCCCCCUCACCCGCUCUCCCUUUUGACCCCCCUCACCCGCUCUCCCGUUUGACCCCCCUCACCCGCUCUCCCUUUUGACCCCCCUCACCCGCUCUCCCUUUUGACCCCCCUCACCCGC